AUGGGCACGGAGAACUGCUCUUCUGUGGCAGAGUUCCUUCUUCUUGGACUAACUGACACCCCUGAGCUGAGAGCCUCUCUCUUCGUGAUGUUCCUUCUGAUCUAUGGAGUCACAGUGUUGGGCAACCUGGGCAUGAUUGCACUGAUUCAGGUCAGCUCAGAACUUCACACUCCCAUGUACUUUUUCCUCAGCCAUUUGUCCUUUGUGGAUUUUUGCUACUCCACAAUCAUCAUGCCAAAGAUGUUGUCCAAUAUCUUCAAUAAAGACAAAGCCAUCUCCUUUCUGGAAUACAUGGUGCAAUUCUACUUAUUUUGUACCUAUAUUGUGGCUGACGUCUUCCUGCUGGCUGUGAUGGCCUAUGACCGCUUUGUGGCCAUCUGUAACCCACUGCUGUACAUGGUCACCAUGUCCCGGCAUCUCUGUGUGGAGCUGGUGUUUGGUUGUUACCUGUGUGGGAUGGUGUGUUCUCUGAUUCACUUGUGCUUAGGCCUCCAGAUCCCAUCCUAUCGAUCAAAUGUGAUUAACCACUUCUUUUGCGAUCUACUCUCUCUCUUGUCUUUCGCUUGCUAUGAAGUGUCUCUGAAUGAACUGGUCAUAUACAUUGUGACCACUAGCAAUGAGAUCAUCACCAUCAUGAUCAUCUUCACGUCCUACUUGUUUAUUCUCAUCACCAUCCUGAGGAUGCGCUCUUCCCAGGGAAGGCGCAAAGCCUUCUCCACCUGUGCCUCCCACUUCACAGCCAUUGCUGUCUUCCAUGGAACAAUCCUUUUCAUGUAUUGCCGGCCCAGUUCUGGCAACAAUAUGGAUACUGACAAAGUGACCACUGUGUUCUACACGAUCAUGAUUCCCCUGCUGAACCCCCUGAUCUACAGCCUGAGGAACAAGGGUGUGAAAGAAGCCCUCAAGAAAGUGUUGAGAUCAAAAUUGCCUUUUGAAAAACUACUUUCUUAA